AUGGAAGACCUUCUACUACUACAAUCUGCUGUCAGCUCAGGCAGUCUCGACUUAGCGCGAACUCUCCUUGCGGCCGGGGCCAACGUCAAUGGGCGAGCGAAAGGCCCUGGCAGUACAACCGCGCUGGAAAUUGCUGCGCAGACGGGGAAUAUCGAGAUGGUUGACUUUCUCCUGGACUCUGGUGCCGAUUUUGCUGCACCGGCAGCAUACAACACCGGAGCGACCGCCCUUCAGUUCGCUCCUAUCAAUGGUUUCAUGCGCAUUGUUCGUCGGCUUCUAAAUUCAGGUGCCGAUGUCCACGCAGCCGGUUCUGUGGCAUACGGAAGAACCGCUAUCCAGGGAGCCGCCGAGUAUGGUCGCAUUGAUGUACUUCAGCUUCUCCUCAGCCGGAUAGAUCCUUCCGAGCGACCUCAGCGGAAAGAACUUGCCAGAGCGGUCCAUCUAGCCGAGAAGGAAGGCCGUUUCACAGCAGUGAAAAUGGUGAAAUCAGCCUGCGGGUGGUCUGACAAGCGGUCUUCCGACCUCAAGUCACUGUAUUUCAGAUCAGAAGGGUCCGGUAGAGCCGACGACUGGGACAGCUGCAGCUGCGCAAAAAAAGUCUGA